UCCUCCAGUCGGAGCGGUCUUCAUUCUCGCUCCCAGCCUGCCCCGCGGCGGGCCAACAUGGCGGCGCCCAUGGCUGCGUUGGCGGCGCGGGGCCUACCCUGUGCCGUCAGGGCCGCUCCGCCGUCACGCCGUGCAGUGCUCCUUAUGACGGGCUGUGCUCGCUGCAGCGGUUCGGCGCUGUCCCACAUCCUGGGCCUCCCCAGCCAGACGCCGAGCCCGGCUCUGGGCCGCCACCCGCCGCCCGUGGCCACCAGCAGAGGUGAGAGCAGCGAGCGGCCCCGGCAAAGCCAUGGGGUGAGCAGCACAGUGAGAGCCACAUUGUACCCCAUAGAGAAACAGGCCCGGCUGGUGCGGGGCCGCCCUGACCAGCCCCCGGAGCCCAAAGUGCUGAGAAUCGCCAUCAUCGGGGCACCCAACGCCGGCAAAUCCACGUUGUCCAACCAGCUCUUGGGUAGAAAGGUGUUCCCAGUCUCAAAGAAGGUGCACACAACCCGCUGCAAAGCACACGGCGUGGUCACACAUGAGGACACACAGCUGAUCAUUCUGGACACGCCUGGUCUCACCAGUCCCAUGAAAGCCAAGAGGCAUAGACUAGAGGCAGCCAUGCUGACAGACCCGUGGGACAGCAUGAAACGUGCAGAUCUAGUUCUGGUUUUGGUGGAUGUGUCAGACCACUGGACGCGAAACUCUCUGAGCCUGGAGGUGCUGAAAUGUCUUGCUCAGUUUCCCCACAUUCCCAGUGUUCUGGUUCUGAACAAGGUGGAUCUGCUAAAGAAGAAGUUCAUCCUGCUGGGACUCAUCAAUGAGUUAACAGAGGGGAUUGUAAAUGGAAAGAAACUGAAAGUGGGAUCUGAAUUGGAAUGCAAUUCCAGUUCUCCUGCAAAAACUGUUCUUAAAGUUGCUCCAACUUCUCCACCUGAAAAUAGAGCUCAGGAGUCUCCUUGUCAGCUGGAAACAAAUAAAGCCCAGGAAGGCUCUAGCUUGGAUAACAGCAGCCAUGUGAAGGCUUCUGAAUCCAGUCUUGUUACAGAAGCACAAGGGCAAAAGCCCUACAGAUAUGGAGACCUGAAAAAUAGGAAGGGCUGGCCACAUUUCCGGGAUAUCUUCAUGCUUGCAGCUCUCAAUGGAGAGGAGGUGGAUACUCUGAAGCAAUACCUCCUGAUGCAAGCCAAGCCAGGUCCGUGGGAGUUCCACAGCAGGGUCUUGACCAGCCAGUCACCUCAUGAGAUCUGUGAUAACAUCAUCAGGGAGAAGAUACUGGAGUACCUGCCCCUGGAAGUCCCCUAUGGCGUGACUCAGGUGACAGAGCUAUGGGAGGAAGGGCCAAGCGGAGAGCUCGUCAUCGUGAAGAACCUUGUGGUCCCAAGGAAGUCUCAUAAGCUGAUGUUGAUUGGAAGAAGAGGUGCAGUGAUCAGCAGGAUCGCUCAGGAGGCCGGGCAGGACCUGAUGAACGUUUUCCUCUGUGAUAUCCGCCUGAAGCUCAAGGUGGAGGUGAAGAGUUGAACUCUUGGUGUAGGUUUUGACUGCCAAUUGAGCUCAUGGGGAGAAACUCGCCCUGUUUUCUGCUGCAGGUAUCUUAACACCUUUGUUUCAUUCAGAGGGUGACGGACUCAAGACAGUGGGCUGAAGUAGAAUAUAUUAUUCUCUAGGGGGGUGGCCCAGAUGGUAAUAAAACCUUCAGAUCUACAGUGUGGAUGCACAUCAUGGUACCCCCAGUGCAGUGCCAGCACGUUUAUGGAGUUAUCUUCUUUAGGGCUGUGCCCUACAUCCUUGCUAGCAAUUGUUCAUACUUGGAAAUCCAGAUUGAAUUAAGAGCCUGGCUCAACAAGGGAAGGGUGAAUACUGUGAUGCUUUGAAGCUUGAGGGAACAUCUGCCUUUAGCAGACAAGGGGUUGCAGUGAAGGGAUUAUUAGCACCCAUCUAUCAUCUCCUGAAGGCUGAGUGGUCCCAAUAGGAGUCAGGCAGGAGGCAGAGGCUCACCCAGCCCACACAGAGGUCUCAUUUUUGCUGUGUUCCUUGCCUUGUUCUCUGUUGAAGUUUAUGGGUGUGAGGGGUCAGUAUUACCAAAGGGGAGGCUCUGUGCCAUACACAUCUUGUUUUUGCUCUAUGCUGGGGUCCUGCCUUUACAUCCAUUUGGCAAUUGAGCUGAUGAAUGAAAGCUGAAGGGUUGGGUCUGAAGAUGCCUGGGUGCAGCACGGCGUAGGUGCUUGCUUUCCAUACACAGACAGAUGGCAGCCCUUCUCUCGGGGACUCCAAUAGUUCAAUUGCAGGAACGUUACUACAAAGCCAUUACUCUUUACACCAGGAUGAGAAGCUGGAGAGCGGGCAGAGCUCCAGAAAAGCUCGUGCUUUGGAACAGCAGCUCAGGUGGGGAUUGAGAUCAGUCCAUAGGGGUUGUAAUGCAGCAUUGCAUUGCAUUUACAAUGGGUUCUGUGCUAUUGUCAGUGUAUGGGUAUAUGGGUUCUGUGCUAUUGUCAAUGUAUGGGUAUAUGGGUUCUGUGCUAUUGUCAAUGUAUGGGUAUAUGGGUUCUGUGCUGAGUGGGCCCCACUGGGCUGGAGGGAUGGGGCAGCUAUGGGGAACCUAAAGCUGUUCAAUGAGAUCUCGGUGUCUCUCUGCAAGUGGGGGCUGCAAUACAACAUCAGGAGCAUCAGGUCACCUAAAAUCCACCCAAAAUAAGCCUCCAAAAAUCAAGUGCUGCCUUUCCUUACCACCACCGUCCCGUGCUUCCAACUCACCCGUGUAUUUUUCCUCCCCUUCCAAUAAAUCCAACGCUUUUUCUCAUUAAAUAA